AUGGUCUUCGAAAAUUUAGUUGUCUAUUUACUUGACAAAUAUUUGGGUGAUUAUAUUGAAAAUUUAGAUACAAAAAAAUUAAAAAUUGAUUUAUGGAGUGGUAAUGUUGUUUUGGAAAAUCUUUAUUUAAAAUCAAAUGCAUUGGCUGAUUUAAAUCUUCCUGUAACAAUAUCAGUUGGAUAUUUACAAAAAUUAACACUUCAAGUUCCAUGGAAAAAUUUAUAUACAUAUCCAACUAAAGCAACGAUUGAUGGACUUUUUUUACUUGUUGUACCUAAAACUGAAGUUCAAUAUGAUUCACAAAGAGAUGAAAAAGAACAACAUGAAGCAAAAAUGAAAGAAGUUCGACAAGUUGAAGAACUUCGAAAACGAAAAGAAGCUGAAAAAAAUGCCAAAGAAAAUGAUAAAACAAAUGAUACAUUUGUUGAACGUAUGCAACUUCAAAUUAUUCGAAAUCUUGAAUUAUCAAUUCGAAACAUUCAUAUUGUCUAUGAAGAUAAAUCAACUAAACCUGAUCAUCCAUUUGCAUUAGGAAUAACACUUAAUUAUAUUACAUUUCAUGUAUUAUAUCAAAUAAAUUUUAUCUUUUUAUUUAAAAAAAAAACAAAAAAAUCUAUUUUAUUUCAUAGACAACAACAGCAGAUUGNUCGAAAUCUUGAAUUAUCAAUUCGAAACAUUCAUAUUGUCUAUGAAGAUAAAUCAACUAAACCUGAUCAUCCAUUUGCAUUAGGAAUAACACUUAAUUAUAUUACAUUUCAUACAACAACAGCAGAUUGGGAGCCAACUAUACUUAAAGAAGAUACACCAUUGAUUCAUAAGCUUGGUGAAUUAAGUGCUUUCUCAAUUUAUUGGAAUACAAAUGCUAAAUCUCGGUCAGAUUUACCAAGAGAUGAAGCUAUUAAUGAUCUAAAAGAGAAAAUUGCUAUUGAUAAUCAACAAGUACCAUCUGAUCUCGAAUAUAUUCUUCGACCACUUUAUAUCAAAGCAAGACUUAUCUUAGCAAUGAAACCACGUCAAGAAGGUUUUAAACGACCUAUGUUUGAUAUUAAAGUUGAUUUAGAUGAAAUCAGUUUAAACAUGAGUCGUGAUCAAUAUUCGGAUUUACUUGAUCUACUUGAGUUUCAAGAUUAUCUUAUUGUUAGGUCAAAAUACAUCAAAUAUCAUAUACAAAAAGAUAAAGAAGAAAGUUCAAAUUUAAAAAAGUGGAAAUUUGCUUAUGAAGCCAUUGUUAAUGAAGAAAUUCGACCAAGAUUUGAAUGUUAUAAAUGGGAAAAUAUCAAAGCACAUUUAGAUCGAUGUAGAGAAUAUCGUGCGAUUCAUCUUCAAGAAUUAACUGGAAAAUUAACAAAUGAACAAAAAACACGAGUAGAAGAAUUAGAAAAAAAACUUGAUGUUUUCAAUUUAACAUAUAUUCGUCGAAGUGCAGAAAUCGAAGCGAAAAAAAAGAAAGAACAAGAACCAACAACUUGGUGGGGAAGUGUAUCGAAUUGGUGGGGUGGAAAACUUGACUUAGAAAAAGUCAUGUCACCAGAAGAAAAAAACAAACUUUAUGAUGCUAUUGGUUAUGCUGGUGAAGAUACUUCAACAUCGACUUAUCCUGAAGAAUAUGCUGAUAUCGACUUAGCAAUUCAUUUGAAUAUGCUUGAUGUUAAUAUUUGGUCAAAAGUUAAUGAAAAUGAUGCUGAAUUUCGAAUUAUUGCCCGUAGUGUAAUACCUGAUACUGGUUUAAUAUUCAAACGACGACCAGCAACAGAUGCAAUUGCUAUCUUUAUUGGUUUGGGGUCGUUUCAAGUGUUUGGUAUUGCAACUGAUUCAAAACAAUCUGAAUUAUUAAAUGAAAGUCGUCCUGUACUUGCUCGACCAUCAUCAUUACCAACGUCUAAUGAACAAAAAUUAUUACAAGUCGAAUUUGAAACAAAUCCCUUAGAUAAAAAAUCUGAUUAUCGUGUUAAAGUUAUUUCACAAUCAUUGGAAAUAAAAUACAAUGCACCAACAAUUAAUAAAUUAGCAGAAUGUUUUGAACCAGAUGCUAAACGAAAUUUACAAGGUGUUAAACAAGUAGCUUAUUCAACUUAUACUGAUGUUAAACAUCGUUCUUAUAUAUUAAUGAAACAUAAUAUCGAAAAAAUAAAAGUUUUAGACAUUGAUAUUGAUCUUCAAUCAUCUUAUUUUCUUUUACCUGAAAAUGGAGUUUAUAAAGAAGGUGUUGCAGCUAUUUGCAUGGAUUUAGGUCAUUUAACAUUAAAACGAGGUACAAAUGAAAAAAAUGUUAGUGAAGAAUCAUUUUUAUCAAAAUCAGCAAAAGAUAUGGAAGAUGCUAGAGAAUUAUCUUAUACUCGAUUCAAAUUAAAACUUGAAGAUAUUCAAUUAAUUUAUGCUAAUCGGAAUGAAAGUUGGGAACAAGCUCGAAAAGAAAAAAAUACUCGUUUACAUUUAAUCAAACCUAUGGAACUUGAAAUGAAUGCUGAUAAAUGUAUUUAUAAUGAUGAUGCUAUUUUACCAGCAUGGAAAAUAGCUGGAAAUGUCCCAAAUAUAGAAUUACAUUUAUCAGAUAAACGUCUUUUUCACAUAAUUAAUCACAUUCAAUCAAUUCAUUUUCCUGAAUCGAAACAUCCAAUUCAUGAUCAAUCUUUGAUUGAACCUGAAGUAACAACCGCACAAUCUUUACUUAGUAAUCCUGAAGAAACUUAUGAAAAAGUGGAAGGAAUGACACCAGUUAAAAAAACUUUAGAACAAUCACAAGUUGAUGAAAAUUUCACAGAAGACACUGAGAAAGAACAAAAUUCUUAUGAAGGACAACUUAUACAAUUAGAAGCAAGAUUUACGCUUGAUAAGAUUGAUUUACAUAUUGAUCAAGCAUUACAUAAUUCUGAUGAAAAUGAUGAUGAUGAACCAUUUCUACAUCUUACACUUGAAUCAAUAAUUGCUACAACAAAAAUAAAAACAUUUGAUAUGGAAUUUGAUGCAUCAUUAGCUGAUUUAAUACUUUAUCAUGAACAAUUUAUUGGAAAGGAUAAUCAUCGAUUAUGUUUAUUAUCAACACAAUUAAAUAAAAAUAGUUCUAAUCAAAUUAAUCAACAAAGUCAAAAAUUAGUUAGUAUACGUUUUCUCCAUACAUCACCAGAAAAUCCCUUAUUAUCAUCACAUUAUAAUGGAAUUGAAAAUAAAGCUCAUGUUCAUUUUACAAAACUUGUUGUUAUUUUACAAUUAGAAGCACUUUUAUCAAUAUUAAGAUUUCAAGAUACUUUAUCGAAAAAAAUAUCUAAAGAUAUAUUAGGUGAUGAUGCGAAAAAGAAAAAUGAAGAAAAGAAACAACAACAAUUAAAAUUGCUAGAAAAUAAUAAAUCAUUUGGAAGAUCUUUAUCUACAUAUGGAAAAUUGGUUAAGAAAAAUGAUGUUCCAGUAACACCUACAAUUAAAGUUAAAGCUGAUUUAGAAGAGUUUCAAGUAAUAAUUUCAUCAAAAGUAACUCAAUUAUUUGAUAUUCAAGUUCAAGGUGUUAAAGCUGAUAUAUCUCAAGCACCAGAAACGACAAUAGUCAAUUUAAUUCUUUCAGAUUUACGUGUUUUUGAUCCAUAUGAAGGAGCACGAUAUCGAAAAAUUGUUUCUCAACACGGCGAUCAUAAAGAAUUACUUCGUGUUACUGUAUCUUUAUUUAAUUAUCCUGAAGAAUAUGAAAAACCAGUCGAUGUUGUCGAUUGUGAUGUUAAAGUUCAAUUUGCUAAAGCAAAUAUUAUUUUUCUUUUUAAACAUAUCGAUGCAAUUUUGAUUUUUCUUGAUUCAUUAAAUAUAACUAAAGCUGCAUUGGAUUUAGCAUCAGCACAAGCAGAUGCAGCUUAUGAACAAGUACAAAAAUUACAAGAACAAGCAUUUAAAGUUCAUCUUAAUAUAACAUUUAAUGCUCCAAAUAUAAUCAUUCCAACAAAUUCAUAUUCUGAUGAAGCACUUUUAUUUGAUUUAGGUAAAUUAAUAUUAAAAACACGUUUUUAUGAUGAUCCAAAACGAUCACUUAAUGAACAACAAAAUGUUCGAUUGGAAAAUGUUCUUGCAAGUCGCGUUAAACUUAAUAGUGAAAAUAAUAUUCUUGGUGAAGUUAUUCUACUUGAAUGUGCUGAGUUAAAUGCGAUAAUUAAUCGUUUACUAUAUCCAGAAAAAAAUAGAACAGAACCAGGAGUUUCAAUUAAAGUUGAAUGGGAAUUAGUUCAUUUUCAAUUAGCAAAAGGUGAUUAUUCUUGUAUUAUGAAAGUUUUAAUGGACAAUUUUACCGAAAAUAUUCGAAAUCAAAUAUUGGAAAACGAACAAAUUGAGCAAUAUCAUUAUAGAGAAGAAGAACGAGAAAAAGAAGAAGAAGCUUUAAGAAAUGCUGUUAUUAAACAACAACAAGAUGUCUAUGGAGAUGAUAUAUUACAAACAGUUAAAAUUCGAGCAGAAAUUAAGAAAUUAGCAUUAACACUUUAUCUUGGAGAAUCUGAUCUGACUGUUCGUCGUGUUCCACGUAAUGAAGAUCUUAAAUUAGCUGAUGUUAAAAUCGAAAUGUUAGAAGCAUUAUUUAAUCAACUAUCUGAUACAAGUUAUAAAGCAAUGGCACGUGCUAAAAAUCUUGUACUUGACGAUUUACGUGUAACAAAUCAAUCGGCAAGUUUAACACGUAUGAUUGAUAGACAUUUUACAGUUGAUCCGAAUACUCAUAUGUUUAUUGGUUCGUUUCAAUUUAAACCAAAAAGUUCAUCGAAUUCAAUGCCAUUUCGACAAUUGAGUGCACAACUUGAAAGUCUUUAUAUUUGUAUUAGUUUGGAUUAUUUAAUGAUAUUACAAGAUUUUUUUAUAUCCGGUUUGCCAUCGGGUGUUAAUAGUAAUGUAUCAAACUCUGAUACAUCAACGUCAAAUCAAACAAAUCAAAUCGAUAGUGAAAGAAAUCGAGUAAAAAUAGGUGAAAGAUUAAAUCGACUUUCAGCUACAGUUACAAGACCUUCAAUGUCACCAUCAAAAGCUUUUGUACUUCAAUCUCCAUAUUCAUCACAUCAAAACACAGAAAUUGAAACACAUGUUGAUAUUAUUGUUAAAAAUCCUGAAGUUAUUUUACUUGAAGAUCAACAUAAUCUAAAUUCAAAUUGUCUUGUACUUGAUUUAGCUUUACAAAUGCGUAUGAUAACGGUUGGUGAAGAUACAAAAUUAUAUGGUUGGUUAAAAGAUUUAACAGUUUAUAGUUCAAAUUUUCGUGAAUUAAAAGAUUCAAACAAUUCGAAUUCUAAAAUAAAAUAUCGCAUUUUACAACCAGCUAAAGCUGAUGUUAUUAUGAUUCUGGACAAUAAACAACAAAAAAUUGACGUACGAAUUUCGGAUAUUAUUGUUAGCAUUGCACCAGCAGCAGUUCGAACAUUAAUUGCUGUUACAAGUUCAUUAGGAACACUUCAAACAACAGUUCAAGAAAAAGAAAAAGUCAAUGUAAAAACCUUAUUUAAUCCAAAACCAUUUAAAGAUGCAAAUUUUUGGUUUACAAAAGAUACUGAAGAAAAAGAAAAAGAAUUAGAAACAGUUGAUAUAUUAGAAACUGUAACAGGUAUACCAUCACAAUAUAAAGAAGCUAAAGAAGAGGAAAAGAAAAGAAAAGAAAAUGAAGAAAAUAUGGAAAUACAAAAGCUAUUAAUACAACAAUUAAUUUUAACGGUGGAUACAAUUGAAGUUAAACUUGAAGUUGGUUUAGGUUCAAUUACCAAAUCUGUUGUUGCUAUGUGUUUAUCAAAUUUAACUGCUGAUGUUAAAAAUUGGUCAUCGACACUAAGCCUUGCAUCGACUGUUAAUAUUGAAGCUGCGUUGUUCAAUGAACGUAUGCUUACUUGGGAACCACUUAUUGAACCAACGAUUGAUGAAACUGGAAGUAUUUCUUUACCAUGGUGCAUUACAUGUUCUAUUUUUCCUGCAUUACCAGAAAUUACGUGGGGAUCAGCUGCAAUAAAAGAACAAGAACGAAAAGAAGGUAUUCUGUCAUCAUAUUCUAAACACAUAAUAUCUAUUCGUGCUGAUCAAUUACUUAAUAUAACAAUAACAAAAGCUGGCCUUAAUUUAGUUCAGCAUUUAUCAGAUUUAUUUAAUGAUGUUUAUAAUAAACGAUUACCAUUUACUGAUGAUGAUGAUCAACCAAUGUUAUCUUUAUUUAAUAGAACAGGACAAGAAAUAACCAUUAAUCAUUUAGAUGGUGUUGAAAUUGCCAAAAAUACACUAUUAACAUCAAUUGAUUUAAAACACAAUGAAUCAAUUCCAUUAGUUGUACCAAAUGAACGUCAUUCAGCAACAAGACUGUCAGUUAUUGAAGAACAAAGUUCUAAACGACGACAAGAAUUUUCUGUUCAAAUUAGAGAUAUUAUUAAAACUGUUAGUAUAAGUCGAACAUGGAAACGUGUUUACAACUUAGGUCCAUCACUAAACCCAAACCAGCCGAUCGAAAUACUUUGUGAUGCACAAGUACGAAAUAAUCGUCGAUAUGUUAUUCUUAGUUCAAUUCUUAAAGUUUAUAAUAAUACAACAAUGUCCUUAGCAAUUUUAAACAUUGAUUCGCUCAAUACAAAAAUGCGUCAUAAAGUUACAACAAUUCAUGUUAACGAUGAAUACUAUGUACCUCUUAAUUUACUUUAUACACAUUCAAGUUCAUUGAUAUUUAUUGCAAUUGAUGAAAAUGAAAAUAAUCAAGAAACAAAUGAUUUUUUUUCAUUUGAUUGGGAAAAAGAAUUUGUUACAGAAAGAAAACUAAAAUUAAAAAAUGGCAAAGAAGCACAUUUUACUGUGUUUAAAGAAGUCAAUACCGCUUAUUCAGAAAAUACUGAUCAAAUUGAUCGAUAUACAUUUAAUCUUUAUAUUUACCCAGCUCUUCAUUUAACUAAUCUUUUACCAAUGGAUAUUCAAUGUUCAAUUGAUAAUGUUGAACAAAUUAAUUUAAAACCAAGUGAAUUAAAUCUAAUUACUUCUGGCAAUAAACAUUCCACGUUAAUCUUUACCAUUCCAUCUUAUGCAAAUAUAAAAUGGAUAUCAGAACCAAUUGACUUAAAGGUUGAAGGAAAAGGUGAUCGUAAUGAACAUCUUGUCUUAUUUCAUAAUAAUACUUCUGUCAAUUCUUCAAUCAUAUUGAAAAUGGUUUUACGUGUUGAUUCAUUCCAUGAGUCUUAUCGUUUAUUAUUAUAUUCACCCUUUUGGGUUCUUAAUCGUACUGAAUUAAAUCUUGAAUUUCAAAUUGACAAUACUAAUACAUUUAUUGAAGCUGCUGAAGUAACAUGUUUAGUUUGUCCAGAAAAUUUUGAAAGUGAAGAAAAAAGAAAGGGACAAAUUCGUCUUCAUAGUACUGCACAAGGAGAUAAUGCAGCUAAUUGGUCGGAAAAAUUUUCUGUUGAUGUUAUUAAAAGCAUCGGUAUGGCAUCUUGUAAAGCACCAAACGGUCGAAUUUUUAUGAUUUGUGUGGAUAUUGUAGCAAGUUCAUUUGGUUUAACAAAAAUUAUUACACUUUCACCAUCAGUAGUUAUUAUGAAUAAAUCAACUAUUGAAAUUGAAGUAGUAGAAAUAGUAUCGGAUAAAGAACAAGAUAAAUGGGGACCAGUCAAUCCUGAACAAGUAAUUCCAUUUUGGCCACAUAAUAUACAAGAUGGUUUAAUGCGUGUUCGUUAUACAAAUAAUCGUGUAACAUCAUGUCCAUUUGUAAUGAAUGACAAACAUCGAACACUUUUACGUAUGGAUGAUGAAGAACGUCCAGCGAUUAAUGUUGAAGUGACAGCAACUGAUUUUGAUGGUAUAAGAGUUAUUUUUGGAGAUUAUAAAAUUGGUGAUGCACCUGUUCUUCUUGUUAAUUGUUUACAAAAUGACUCAAUUGCAUUUUGUCAAGUUGAUGAUGCACUAACACAAGUUUUACCAUCACAACAUUAUGUUUGUUAUACAUGGUUACAACCAUUAAAAUCAAGAGCAUUAUCUAUUUUUUGUGAUGACAACAAAACAGAGCUCGAACUUAAUCCUCAAUGUGGUUUCCUUAAAAAAGACGAUGAACAUUGUAUUAGUUAUGCUAUAUUUAUGGAUGGUAUUCAAACUGUUUUACUCUUUUCUGAUGAUAUAAAAAUCAUUGCAGCAGCUUCAGGAAUACCAGCACUAGCCGAGUCAAUGGGUCAACGUAUUCAAAUCGGUAUUUAUGACAUUGGUAUAUCAAUUGUUAAUGAUGUAACUCGAGAAGAAAUACUUUAUAUAAGUUUAAAUAAAUCGAAAGUUAUUUGGACAGAAACAAAACGAUCUCGUGUUCGACCAUUAUCACAAAAUUUGAAUAAAGAUUUAGAAGAACUUUAUCAAAGUUAUGUUGAAGAAUAUGAAAUCAAUCCAAAUGAUAAAAGAGUCCAAAGAAAAAAAUAUCAUAUGGACGAAUUCCCAGAAAUAUUAUUUUCUAAUAAUAAAGCUGAAUUAAUUAAUUCAAAAGGACAAAGAAAACCAGUUAAACGACAAGCAUUAGAUGGUCUUUGGAUUGAAUAUGGAUGGUCAGGAACAACUGCUACAUUACAUGCACGUAUUAAUCGUGUACAAAUUGAUAAUCAACUUGAUUAUACAAUAUUUCCUGUUGUUCUUUAUCCAAUUACAUCAAAAGCAACAGGAACUGAACUUACUGAUAAAGCAUUUAUUGAAUUAAGUGUUUAUGGAUCUAAAACAAGUCGAUCAAAUAUCAUGCAAUUUAAAUAUUUUAAAUUACUUGUUCAAGAAUUUGCUGUUAAAAUUGAUCAAGGUUUAAUUGUUGCACUUUUAGGAUUUUUUCAAUCAGAAACGAUUUCAGCAGCACCAACAAUAAAUAUGGAUACCGAUUUAGAACGAAUACACAAACCACUUACUGCUAUUAUUAAAGCACAGACAGAUGCUCCAUCGGGUGAAACAGAAAUGGUUUUUGAUAAUAUACAUUUAUCACCACUUAAAAUUCACGUUAGUUUUUCAAUGCAUGGAUCUAAACCAAGUGAAGCAUUAUUAGUUGAAUAUCCAUUAGUUGGAUUCUUAUUGCGAACAUUAAAUGUUGCUGAAGUACAAGAUGUUGUCUUACGUUUGGGUUAUUAUGAACGAAAAAAUGAUCGAUAUACACUAACAAGAUUAACAAAUGAAGUUUCAUCUCAUUAUCAAAAUCAAUUUAUGAAACAAAUUCAUGUGCUUGUAUUUGGUCUUGAUGUACUUGGAAACCCCUUUGGUGUUAUUCGUGGUCUUGCUCACGGUGUUGAAUCAUUUUUUUAUGAACCAUAUAAAGGUGCAAUUGAAGGUCCAAUGGAGUUUGCUGAAGGUGUUGCCACUGGUGUUCGAACAUUAUUUGGUUCAGCUGUUGGUGGUGCUGCUGGUGCUUUUUCAAAAAUAACUGGUGUACUUGGAAAAGGUUUAGCUACAUUAACAUUUGAUGAAGAAUAUAAAGUUUCACGUAUGAGACGACAAGAACCAACAGCUAAGGGAAGGACUGAGAUUGCUGUUGAAGGAAAAAAUGUUGUUAUGGGCUUCGUUGAAGGUGUUAAAGGAGUUGUAACUAAACCAGUAUCAGGUGCAAAAGAAAGUGGUGCUACUGGUUUUGUUAAAGGUUUAGGAAAAGGUUUUCUUGGUCUUGUUACAAGACCAACAGGUGGAAUAGUUGAUUUUACAAGUACUUCAUUAGAUUUAAUAAAACGAACUGCACAACAAGAAGAAACAGUACAUCGUGUUCGUUAUCCACGUCAUAUUGGUCGUGAUGGUCUUGUUCGACCUUAUAUUUCUCAUGAAGCCGUGGGAUUUUUUAUUUUAAAUAGAUUAGCAAACGGAAAAUUUGCAAAAUCUGAUACCUAUGUUGCACAUAUAACUUGUUCAGAACAUCCAGUAUCUUGGUUAAUGGCAACAUCGGGACGUUUAUUAUUUAUAACGGAAAUUUCAUUUCUUGGUUUAUAUGAAAUUGAUUGGGAAAUUCCUUAUGACGAAUUAAAAGAAGAACCAAUUGUAAAACCAAAUUCAAGUCAAAUACAAAUUCUUAGAAAAGAACCACAGAAAACAGGAACAAUUAGAUCAGCUGUUACUUAUGGUAAAAUGGUCAAAUGUCGAAACACAUCGGAAGCUCGAUAUAUUGUUGAAAAAAUAAUUUAUGCAAUGCAUUCAGUCGAUCAUCAUUAUCGACCAUCAUUAGUCAGUUUUUUGCAUCGACAACCAGACGGUUCUCAAUUGGCAACAAUUCGUUACUACAGAAUUGUUUUUCACUGUAAUAUUUUACCUGGGUCUCUCUAUCUUCGAUUUGCUAAAAUAAAACCUUAUCGUAGUGUUGUCCAAAAUCGACAAGAUCCUUCAACUGUAUUUGGCUUUCGAUCAGUGGGUGCCUAUAGUCGUGUUCAAAUUCAAAGUCAUGUAUCUGGCAUGUGGUUAUGCAUGAACGAACAAGGACAAAUAAUGCCAAAAUCGAAUAUCACGGUGGAUAAUCUUGCUUGUACAUUUCGUCAAAAUUCAGAUGGACCCUAUUUGAAACUUAUCUCUGAACUUUAUCCGUCGCGUCAAGUGUUCUUUGAUACACUUCGUCUCUUAUCACUAAAUCCUAUACUUCGCCGUCGUUAUGCUCAAUAUAUGACUAAUGAUAAUAACAUUUUCAAACAUGAACGAUGUAGUAGGUUCAUAUUCGAUAGUCAAAUCGAUAAUGCAUUAUUCAAUCAAACAAUAGAUCCAUUUCUUCGAUUGAGACAUUAA